AUGCCUCCAGACCGUCGUCGCUCCCUCAAACCAAGAAAAUCGAUUUCCGGUGGAGCAGCGUUUGCUGAAGCUCUCGGACUUGCAAAUGACCCAGAGUCGUUUUCCUUCUACAAAAAAGAGUUCCGUCAAGCCGCCGAUCAGUGCUUCGAUUUCUCCCUGCCUCUUUUCCAACAACAAUCAGCGAUGACGGUGUUUGUUCAGACGGUCAGGUCCCGGCACCCUGCGCUGUUUGACAGCCUUGUGCAUACCAACCACGCAGACCGGGUCCAGGGCCUGCAAAUAUACGCCAUAGAUUACUUGGGCAAGUCGGGCAAGCUCUCGAACCCCAUCAAAGGGGCACGGAAAGCACUCAUUGCAGCUUCUGACAGCAAGCGCAAGGCGCGGUCUGAGCCGCCGAACUCGCGGCGCGGCAUGCAGGCUGAGCGCGAUAAAAGCGAGAGCGAGGAAGCGCCUGAAUUCCCGCCGAGAUCAAGAGAAAGUUCGGAGUCGAGCAGUGUUGCAGCAAAAGUGUCGUCGAUGUCCGUGGUGGCCAGCCCCAAGCUCAAAGCAAAGGCAAAACCCAGAUCCAAGCCAAUGAUCAUCGAAGACUCCGACGCUGAUGAUUACGAUAAUGCGGAGUGGUCUGCAAGUCCGCGUAUUCGCGGUGGUAGAAAGGGUGCAGGGAACAAGGGGAAGGGGGAAGCCUGGCAACGCUUCGACGAGAACGCGAAAGACCGCGAUUCUGAGACCGUCAUACUCGGGUGCUAG